AACUGAAGAAGAAGUAACUGAGUAAAAUGGCUGAUGAUUGUGAAAAGCCAAUGUCUUCGCCAGGCAAUUAUGACGAAAAAGAUGAACAUACCGACGAAGAGGAGGACGAUUACCGUCCGAUGAUGAAAGGAAGGGGCAGAGGUGUUUUCAGGGGAGGACCUCCUGGCAGAGGUGGCCCUGGACCUGGUGGACCUGGUGGACCUGGAGGGCCCGGAGGACCUGGAGGUCCAGGUGGUCCUGGUGGUCCCCACGAUUUUGGACCACCACCUGGAGGGCCCGGCCCAGGCCCGCGUGGACCCCCUCCUGGAGGACCACAUGGACCACCCCCAAGAUUUAGGGGAAGAGGGUUCGGUCCCAGAGGGCCCCCUUUCAGAGGUCCACCUCCGCCACACUUCGGUGGUCCCAGAGGGCCUCGGUUUAGAGGUCAUCCUCCCUUUGACCCCAAUUGGGGACCUAUGCCGCCUCCUGGAAUGCAUCCCCAUCCUCAUAUGAUGGGACCACCACCUGGAAUGCCUCCUCCACCUCACAUGAUGGGUCACAUGGGAAUGCCACCACCUGGUCCUUACGGUCCACCGCCACCAGUUGGAUGUCCGCCGCCGCAGCAGGGUGGUGGUGCUGGUCCACAGCAGGGUCCACCACCGCAGGGUGGACCAGGGCAACAGCCUCAGCAACAGCAGCAGCAACCGCCACCACAGCAGCCGCAACAGCAGCAGCAGCCACAACAGCAACAGCAGCAGCCUCAACAGCAGCAAGGUCCCCCACAGCAGCCUCCUCAACAGCAGCAACAGCAGCAGCAACAGCAAGGCCCUCCACCUGGUCAUGGUGGACCUAUGCCCUCUCCCAUGAAUCCUCCUCCUAAUGUGAUGCCCGGUAUGGAUCUUAGUGGAGACAUCUGGGUUGAAACAAAAACUGGUGAAGGCAAGUCUUACUUUUAUAAUGCUCGGACGAGAGAGACAACAUGGACCAAGCCCGAGGGCCCUAAUGUCAAAGUCAUCACACAAGAACAGGUUGAAGUGAUGGCCCAGCAAGCAGGAGUAAAUCAAGGUCAAGGUCCACCACCUCAGCAGCAGCAAGGUCAUGCCCCAACACUUGGACCUCCGGGGGGACCUCCGCAUAAACCUGAUGGCGGUCCUGAUCAGCAAGGAGGGCCUCCACAUCAUGGACCACCUCAAGGCCCACCAGUGGGAGCUAUGCCAAAUACGAUGCAACCACCUCCAGGUAUGAUGCAAGGUCCUCCACCUGGCAUGCCACCUCCGUUCGGAGGCCCACCUCCACCACAUUUUGGUGGACCACCUCCAUUUGCCAUGCCUCCACCAGGAUUUCCAGGUCCUCCAGGUUAUGGCCCUCCUGGUUUUGGUGGAAUGCCUCCACCAGGACCUGCGUGGGGACCACCUCAAAUGGGUAUGGGACCACCACCUCACCAACAACCGCCUCCUAUGGCAGCUGCCCCAAUGGCUCCUGGAAUGGGGCCGCCACCACCCCAUGCUAUGGUGCCUCCAAUGGCCGAUGAUCUUUCACAGAUUGACCCUGAAAUAGUAGCUCGAGCUUCAGAGUGGACUGAACACAAGGCUCCAGAUGGUCGUUCAUACUAUUACAAUGCUAAAGCAGGGGAGAGUGUAUGGGAGAAACCACAAGUUCUUAAGGAUUUAGAAACAGCAAAAUUAGCAGCAGCGCAGGGUGUCUCAACAGUGGCUAGUCCUGCAGCAAAUGCAGGUCCACUUCCGGUACCUGCUGCUGCAGUGGCUGCAGCUGCUGCUGCAGCAGCAGCAGCAGCAGCUGCUGCUGUUGUGCCAGCGACUGCUGUGCCUGCUCCAGUUGUGACCACUGUGGCUGCAACUCCAGUUGUGGCUCCUGUUGCUGCACCAACAAACUCUGUGGCUGCAGCAAAUGCUGUUCCAGCUGUGGUUGCUGCAGCCCCUGCAACUGAUCAUGCCACUCCAGAACAGACUGAUGCAGAAGCAGAAGCAACUCCAAAAGCUGCAGCUACUGCUGCAGCAGUGCAGGCGUCAGACACUGGUGCUUCUACUCAGCAGACAGCUGUCAAUGGAGAGGUUGAUGGGGAAGAUGAAAAGAAACUAGAAGAGAAAACAGCAGAAGAAAAGGCAGAAGAAGAAGCUGCUAGAAAGAAACGUGAAGAGGAGGAAGAAAAAGCUAAAGAAUUACAAAGGGCACAGGACAAAUCACGUCCUGUCUCAAGUACACCUGUUCCAGGAACCCCUUGGUGUGUGGUAUGGACAGGUGAUGGUAGAGUUUUUUUUUACAAUCCAUCCUCUCGUACAUCAGUCUGGGAGCGACCAGAUGAACUAUCUGGUCGUGCAGAUGUUGAUAAAAUGGUGGCCACACCUCCCGAGGCAGCAGGUGGCCCAUCAGCCUCAGCAUCAUCAGGCUCUACUUCUAACUCAGCUGCUGGCACCAAAAGGUCUGGUUCACCAGCUAGUGAUGAUGCGGAGUCAACGCCAUCAAAAAAGAAGAAAGAUGACACUCCUACAAAAGAUGGAGAUAAAGAAGGAAAAGGUGAUAAGAAACUAAUAGAUAUUGGUAAGGAAGCUGCAAUUGAAGCAGAAGUGAGAGCUUCACGUGAGCGAGCAGUUGUCCCCCUGGAGAUACGUAUCAAAUCGUUCAAAGAAAUGCUUGCAGAAAAAGAGGUUUCUGCCUUCAGCACGUGGGAAAAGGAACUACACAAGAUAGUUUUUGACCCACGCUACCUAUUGUUGACAUCAAAAGAAAGGAAACAAGUGUUUGAAAAAUAUGUGAAGGAACGAGCAGAAGAAGAACGCCGCGAAAAGCGCAACAAAAUGAAGGAACGCAAGGAUGAGUUUCGCAAGCUUAUGGAAGAAGCCAAUCUGCAUGGCAAAUCAUCAUUCAGUGACUUCGCUCAAAAGCAUGGGAAGGAUGAGCGUUUCAAGAAUAUUGAGAAAAUGCGUGAACGUGAGAGCUUAUUCAAUGAAUAUCUGCUGGAGGUUCGGAAGCGGGAAAAAGAGGAGAAGGUGAUGCGCCGUGAACAGGUGAAGCGGGACUUCAUGGCGUUGCUGCGGGAGCAUCCAGAGCUGGUUGACAGACAUGCACGCUGGCCGGAUGUGAAGAAGCGCCUGGAUAGUGACCCACGCUACAAAGCAGUAGAAUCUGGAUCUGUGCGGGAGGAUUGGUUUCGUGAGCAUGUCCGGGCACUGAAGGAGGAGAGGAAACGAGAGAAGGAGCGUGACCGAGAAAAACGCAGCGAGCGGAAGGAACGUGGUGGUGAGGACCGCAAAGACAGGGAACGCGAGCGUGGAGGCAGCGAACGUCGGGACCGGGACCGUGACCGUGACCGCUCUGAAAAGGAGCGGGACAAGGACCGUGAGAAGGAGAGAGAGAAGGACAAGGACAAAGCUGGCGCAGGUGGCAGCAGUAGCUCUGGAGCACUAGCGUCUUCAGCUUCAGGUGGCAGUGGUGGUAUUGGUAGCAGCCUUGCAGAUAUGGGAGAAAUGGAUGACAAUGAAGAGACCGAUGAGGAUGGUGCAGCAGCAGCAACAUCAGAAGAGGAGCGUGAAAAAGAAGCGAGGGAGAAAGAAAGACAAGCUAGAGCUGAGGCAAGUCUUCGAGAACGUGAAAAAGAAGUUCAGCGGACAUUAGCAACACAUCUCAGAGAUCGUGACAAGGAACGUGAGCAACAUAAGAGAGAUGAAGCUGUACAACAUUUCAAUGCUCUUUUGGCAGAUCUUGUUCGAAAUUCUGAGCUUGCAUGGCGAGAAGCAAAGCGUCAGUUAAGAAAAGAUCAUCGCUGGGAGCUAGCAGAGUUGUUGGACAGGGAGGACAAAGAAAAGUUGUUCAACCAACAUAUUGAACAACUCACAAAGAAGAAGAAGGAAAAAUUCAGGGAGCUUCUGGAUGAAACUGAACAAGUAACACUGACGAGCACAUGGAAAGAGAUAAAGAAGAUUAUUAAAGAUGACCCUCGCUACAGUAAAUUUUCUUCAAGUGACAGGAAAUGUGAAAGAGAAUUCAAGGAGUACCUAAAGGAUAAAUUAAUUGCAGCAAAAUCUGACUUCAGGGAGCUGUUACAGGAGACAAAAUUGAUAAACCACAAGUCACUGAAAUUGGUACAAGAUAAUGAAGCUCAUAUACGGGAAAUGGAGGAAAUAUUAAAAAAGGACAAGAGGUACCUGGUACUUGACUAUAUGCCUGAGGAGCGCACGAAGUUGAUUGUUGCUUACCUGGAGGAUUUGGAGAAACGAGGACCACCUCCACCACCUACUGCUUCUGAACCUACGCGCCGACCCACAAAAUAAAUGUAUUGUUUUCAUUAUAAAACUCAUUUUUAUUCACCUAUUGGCUGUUUCUAAGUGCAAGAAAAUCAUCUGGUGUCUUGUUUAGCAUCAGGUAAUGGAUUAAAAUUUUCUCUGUGUUCGAACUUUGUUUGUGCAAGUCAGGUAGGCAUUUGUACUAGAGAUAA